AUGCUUUCGCCUACAUCUGUUUUGAUGUUAUGAACUACACGUUACAGAACGACUUGCCUUGAUCAAUUUAAAUUCAGUGAUUAUUGUGUCAAGAUUAUUCAUUCCUAAGUUGAAUUAUUAGUUGAACAGUUAGUUACUUCAUUGAUUAAAUGAAACUUGGCUUUUACCAUACCAUUGAAUGGACCUUAAUGGUCAGUAUAAACAUUAGAAUCUGAUGUGAAAAGAAAAGUGUUUUUGUAAUUUAUGUAAGUUUAAUAAUUAAACAAAAUGCCUCAAUUAAAAUUGACACCAGAAGAAAUUGCUCGGCAGUUUCAGCUGCCAGAAAGGAAAUCCAAAAUUGCUACUUUGUUAAAGAAAGAUGGGCAAAUGUAUUGUAUAUGCGGAUCCUCAGAUUCUUCAAGUUUUAUGAUAGGGUGUGAUCUUUGUGAUCAAUGGUAUCAUGGAGAUUGUAUUGGAAUAACACAAAAAGAUUCAAAAAAUAUAAAACGUUACUAUUGUGAAAGAUGUCAAGAGGAGGAUCCAACAUUGAAGACAGUUUAUAAAACACCAAAGGUUUCAGAUAUUGAUAUGAAACGAGAUAUACAAAUUAAAGGAAAAACUCGGAAGGAUGAAACCGUAGAUCCGGUUUAUGUACCCCCAAAGAAGGCUAAAAUUAGUUCUGUCAAAACUCCUUGUGGGACUUGUAUAAACUGUCGCAAAACAUCAAAUUGUGGAAGCUGUCAUAUUUGUAAGGAAAGGAAAAAAAGUGGCUCUAGGAGAGUUAAAGAUAAAUGUAUCAAUAGGGUUUGUUUAAAGCUAAAGCCUUCUGCUAAAAGACAUGAUUAUGAAGAUUCAAGCUCUGAUGGAGAACAAAAUAUAGCAGUAGGGGGUUCUGUUAAACCAGGAAUGCAGUGCUAUGGCCCAGGAUGUGUUGAAACAGCUCUUCCUAAUAGUAAAUACUGCAGUGACAAAUGUGGUAUAAAACUUGCUACCAAUAGGGUUUUUCAAGUUUUGCCUCAAAGGUUGCAAGAAUGGUCUAUGUCUUCCUGUUAUGCAGAAAAUGUUAAUAAAAAAGAUCUUGAAACGGUUCGAAGAAAACAAAUGGAAGCACGUGCUGCUUUGCAUGAUCUUGAUAAGCGUUAUCAGCAACUUGAAAUGAUAAUAGCUAAAGGAAAAGAGUUAGAACCUUGUUUUAAAGUAGACACUGAACAGAAUAAAAAGACUGGUAAUAAAAGAAUAAAUUUUCAAGGCAAGAAAGAGAAUGAAAAAGAAGAGGAAGCCAGUGUUUAUUGUGUAACUUGUGGACAUGAAAUUCAUACCAGUUCAGCUAUAAAACACAUGGAAAAGUGCUUUAGCAAGUAUGAAAGUCAAGCAUCAUUUGGAUCCAUGUACAAAACGAGAAUAGAAGGUAAUAAUAUGUUUUGCGAUUUUUAUAAUCCUCUUAGUAAAACCUAUUGCAAACGUUUAAGAGUUUUAUGUCCUGAACAUACAAAGGACCCCAUAAUUGGAAGUAAUGAGGCUUGUGGAUGUCCUAUAGUUAAAGAUGUUUUUGAAGUUACUAAUGAGCUAUGUACAUACCCUAAGAAAUUCUGUUUCAAACAUUAUUGUUGGGAAAAAUUGAGACGUGCUGAAAUUGACAUGGAAAGAGUUCGACAGUGGCUUAAAGUUGAUGAAUUGUUUGAACAAGAAAGACUUAUUCGUCAGAAAAUGGUGCAAAGAGCUGGUGUACUUGCUUUAAUGCUGCAUUCCACCUAUGACCAUGAAGCAAUGGAAAAAAUGACUUCAGCCCAAGAAGAAGAAAGAUUGGCACAAUUAGAAAAAACUUUGCGGGAAAAUUAUGACAAGGAACAAUUCGAAAACAUAAAAUGUACCAAGGAAAACAAGAAGUUUUUUAAAUCUUUAAAAAAGGCAAUGACUACAUCAUAAAAUAUGUUGGUACAUUUUUUUCUUACCUGUAAUAUACUCUUAAUAUGUUUUAAGGGAUAUCUGGUAAUUACAUUUCUUUUUGAAUAUAUGUAAUUAGUUUGUAUGUGAAUUAGUUAUCUAAUUAUAAAUGUAUCCAUUGGACUAAAUUUAAAUUAUAAAAUUGUAUUAAUUGCAACCAUUCAUGAAUAUUCUACUUUAAAAAAAUGAUAAAAUUAUAUAAUUACAUUUGCGCAGUUAAAUUUCAAUCAUAUCAUACAUUUAUAUUCACUUAUAUAAGAUUUUUUUGGCUCUUCUGAAUGCCAUGGUUUUUACAGUAAAUAAAUAAAGAUGAAAUUGUUUUCAUUAAUAUUUUUAUUUUAAAUGUGACCCUGGAGAAACUGUAGAUAAAGACAACACGAAAAGUUAAUUUUUAUUUUUAAUCAGUUCCAGAAUAAC